AUGCACGCUCGAGCCGCCUUGCUGAUCGGCGAUAUCACCCAUUGCAGGCGGGACUGGGACCGCCUGGCCACGCUGGUCGUCCUCAAGGAAUUCGCCUGCGGAACCCGAGAGAAGUUCAUUCGCAACUGCAAAGCCGGAGCGUACGAUGAUGUCGUCGUGAUUUUUCGCUCAAACGCUUCCACCAGGUUAACCGGGCGUUUUGACCUCGAAAUCCUGUGCGCUCUACCAAAAUCCGUCAAAUACAUUUGCCACAAUGGUGCUGGAUACGACAAUAUUGACAUCAACGCAUGCUCUGACAGAGGAAUUUUGGUUUCAAGCACCCCAAUUGCCGCCAACAAUGCUACCGCAGAUAUUGCCAUCUUCUUGAUGAUUGGCGCACUCAGACAAGCAUACACCCCAAUAUCUUCUCUCAGAAGUGGACAAUGGACUGGAAAGACGUCACUUGGACAUGACCCACGAGGGAAAACCUUGGGAAUUCUGGGGAUGGGCGGAAUAGGAAAGGAAGUAGCAAUUAGAGCCAAGGCGUUCGGAAUGAACAUCCUGUAUCACAAUCGCCACCGGCUUUCGCGAGACCUGGAGGGAGAUGCAACGUAUGUCCCCUUCGGAGAAUUACUCUCCAGGUCAGAUGUUCUCAGCCUCAACCUAUCGCUGAACGCCUCGACACGACACAUCAUCUCCGAUCCGGAGUUUGCCAAAAUGAAGGAUGGCGUAGUGAUUGUGAACACGGCAAGAGGCGCCUUGAUCGACGAGAAAGCCCUUGUUUGCGCCCUCAACUCCGGCAAGGUCUUCUCAGCUGGCUUGGAUGUCUAUGAAAACGAGCCCGCCAUUGACCCUGGUCUCGUUAAUAAUCCCAGGGUCAUGCUUCUCCCGCACAUCGGCACGACCACAUAUGAAACCCAGAGAGAAAUGGAAUUACUUGUGAUCGAAAACGUGAGAUCCAGCCUUGAAAAGGGCACUCUCAUCACUCUGGUGCCCGAGCAAAGCGGCUCAUCCUGCCAGCGAAACGGCUGCGUCGACCGCCACGUCCGCUACGCAGCCCAAACGAUCCCCAGCGCAAAGAGCGCGCGGUCCCGCGGCUCCUACCUGCGCGUCAGCUUCAAGAACACCCGCGAGACUGCCCAGGCGAUCAAUGGCUUUAAGCUGCAGCGCGCAGUUGCCUUUUUGGAGAAUGUGAUCGGACACAAGGAGGCCGUGCCCAUGAGGAGAUAUGCUGGCAGCACUGGACGAUGCGCUCAGGGCAAACAAUUCGGUGUCUCCAAGGCCCGCUGGCCCGUCAAGUCCGCCGAGUUCCUCCUCGGUCUCCUCAAGAACGCCGAGGCCAACGCCGACACCAAGGGUCUUGAUACCGGCAACCUCAUCGUCAAGCACAUCCAGGUCAACCAGGCCCCCAAGCAGCGAAGACGCACCUACCGUGCGCACGGUCGUAUCAACCCCUACAUGUCGAGCCCCUGCCACAUCGAAAUGAUCCUCACCGAAGCUGAUGAGGUUGUCCAGAAGGCCUCUUCUCUCGCUGGCCAGGGUAGACUCACAUCCAGGCAACGAGGUUCCCGCGUGCGCCAAGCCAUCACCGAAGCAUAG